AUGCAACUCUCGUCUAAAUUAUUCGUUGCUCUCUUUGCGGCCAUCGCUGUUGCCUCACCGGUCGAUGAGGAUGCUCAAAUCAUCCAGAAGCGAGGUACAGGGACAGCUGUUACCUUAUUUAGUGGUUGUUGGGUGGCUGGCAAAUUGUUUGUUGAAAUCGACAUGAUGGAUGUUGAACACGCCGAGUCCAGCGCAGCGAUACCACCCCCAAAAAACCUGUAUUCGCUCCCCUUCGAUAUCCAGAGGCUAAUUGUCUGGGAUGAAGUGCUCUCACAAGACGACAUCGCAUCUCUACGUUUGACCUGUCGUGGGCUCGUUCUAUCCACUUCCAGUCGUCUGUUUUACCGCAUCGGCAUCUCCAAACUGCACUCCGACCGCCAGAGCUUCCUCGCCAUCUGCCACGACCCAGAUUUGGCCAAACAUGUCCACGAAGUCGAGUGGUUGGAACUCCCGUGGGAUCUUGGCUAUUUCGAUCGCCUCAGCGCCGUUUUUUCGUGGGAUGAGAAAGAAGACGACGACGACCUUGUAAACCUUUGCAGCUACUUUCAAGACCAAGCCGAAGAAGCAUUCUGGUUGCCCAGCAUUCCCGCCAAUGACAACCCUACAUACGGCGACGCUCGGCGACAGCGCGAGGAAUCCAUCGAGAACUUCAGGGAAAUAUUUAUGGAGGCGGUCGACCGGCUUCCCAAUCUUCAUACCUUUGCCUCACGCCCCAUGGGCUCGGAACGGACCAUCAACCCGGGGGCCGACUACCCAAUGGCGGCAAGCCUCUUCCAGGCGUUUCAGGACAUGGCUUGCUCUCACACCAAUUACGAGUCGAAUGAUGGGCUCUUUUUGUUCAUCUUCCCUACCAUGGCCCGGGCCACUUCGGCUGUCCACCGUCUGCGAUGGGCUGAUGAAUUCCCCGGCUACAGCUACUUCCGCCCGAUCCCUCCAGCUGUUUUCGAGGGGCUAGAGUCCCUGGAGCUGUGCUGGACACCCAUCAAUCUGAGGUCUACCGCGGUCGAGAACCUGUCCCUCCCAGCCGCCUGCUCCGCUGCUGCACCGACUCUACGCCACCUCAGCCUCUGCCUCGAUCACGGCCGCCUCGAGGAUUCCCCAGGCUUUGUCGAACAGAAGAUCCUCGGACCUGAUCUCGCGGCAUCCGCCAUGGUCGCCCUUCAGUCGCUGAAACUCGUCUCGAUGAACCUAGAUCCAGAUGUGCUUCUUAACAUCAUCGCGGCCAACGUCACCUCACUGCGUCACGUCCACCUCGAAAACGUUGACGCCCGAACCGACGUUAUUGGCCGCAUGGCCAAGCUCCCAGGCCUCCGACUCGCCACAUUGCGGGUUCUCAACGACUACCCGACAGAGACACCGCGGGCCAUUUGCGCGCAUGCCCUCGUACGCCACAUCAACGGCGCCCCCUGCGACUUGUUACACACGGACUGUGGCGAGGUCAUUGGCGCUGCGGUCGGCCUGGACAGUGAGCAGGCACCCCUAUUCACCACGGCAGAGGACUGCGAAGGUGCGUUCGAUGCCGUGAGCCUCGUCGGCUCCGCUCCUUCGGAGGCGAGCUUCGGCUCGCAACACAAAUCCAUCAUGAGGCAGUGGUGCGGCGACAGCCCGAAAUGGGCCUGGGGACGAUUUUACAACGAAAAGAAGUACGGUCGCGUCUACGUGUUCCAGGUCCCCAGCACCGAUCCCAGAGGCUCCCCUACAGUUCUGUGGAAGUUUACGUCGCGGGACGGGGAGGUCGGCUAUGGCGAUGACCCGUUCGAGUGGUUCCAUGAAUGGGACCUCGGUGCAGGUGACUCCGUAGAACCGACGCCUUACUGCCGGGAUCUGUGGACGUUCGCAAUGCUUCACAAGAGGGGGCCCAUAAUCAGCGAUUUGUUGGGACCGGCGCACCCUUUAGUAGAUCAGGUCAUGAAUCAGGCGCCCCCGGAGGGAGCGUUCCUUUAUGACGCUGAUCUCGACCCUGGGGGUGAUUGGUUUUAG